UAGGUUAUCUACCUUGCCUGCUCCUAUGCCACAGUGUACCUGAUCUACCUGAAAUUUAAGGCAACCUACGAUGGAAAUCACGAUACCUUCCGAGUGGAGUUUCUGGUGGUCCCUGUGGGAGGCCUCUCCUUUUUAGUCAAUCACGAUUUCUCUCCUCUUGAGAUUCUCUGGACCUUCUCCAUCUACCUGGAGUCUGUGGCUAUCCUUCCACAGCUCUUUAUGAUCAGCAAGACCGGGGAGGCCGAGACCAUCACCACACACUACUUGUUCUUCCUGGGCCUCUAUCGUGCUUUGUAUCUUGUCAACUGGAUCUGGCGCUUCUACUUUGAGGGCUUCUUUGACCUCAUUGCUGUGGUGGCCGGCGUAGUCCAGACCAUCCUAUACUGUGACUUCUUCUACUUGUACAUUACAAAAGGUAUGUUGGAUGUGGCCUGCGUUGUUUCUAGAGUCACAUGUUCUUUUACGAGCGCCCUUGCUUGGCACUUUUCUAACCUGGCACUCUCUCAUAAACUGGCUCCAGGCCGGGCGCGGUGGCUCAAGCCUGUAAUCCCAGCACUUUGGGAGGCCGAGACGGGCGGAUCACGAGGUCAGGAGAUCGAGACCAUCCUGGUCUACACGG